CGAGUGUCACACACCACUUGAAAUAAAAAAUUUUAUUAAAAUUAUAUUUUCUUUUCCAAUUUUUGUUCAUCAAUUAUAAAAAUAUACAUAAAAAAAAUUCUUUUCUUUCCAAUGUGCUUGAAUGUCAGGCCCCAACAACGUUCUCCGUCGUCACCUCAGCCCCAAAUUGUAAAAAAGAAAAACCAAAAACAUUUCGAGUUGAAGAUCAAAAUCAAAAAUUAAAGAAGGAUAAUACUCAAAAAAAAAAAAAAAAAAACAAAAUAUAACGACGACACACGGUCAAGUCAUCAUCAAGAUUAUUAUACGAUUUUCCUAAAAACAAAAUAGAGAAAAACAAAAAAAAAAAGGAGAGAGAAUUUUUGUGUGUUUGAAGACACACGACCACGACCCCCUUCAUCAUCCAAGGAACAGACAACGAGAAGCAAUCGACGAGAAAAAAAAAAUAUAAGCAAGCAGCAGAAGGAACACAGUAGCAGAGCAGAAGUGGCAGUGGAUUUUAGUCGGUGGUGUGGCGGAGGUGGUUUGCAAUUCCCAACGACAACGAAGACGACAAGCACAUAGACGACCGCCGACAACAGAGGAGGAGGAGGAGGUGAUAGAUACUAUACCGAUACUACCGUUUUCUCGGGGUAAAAAGUGCAGUUCUGUUUUGUGUUGAACAAUGAGUCGACAUGAAGGAGUUAGCUGCGAUUCAUGUCUCAAAAGCAAUUUCAAUGGCAGACGUUACAAGUGUCUCAUUUGCUAUGACUAUGAUCUAUGUGCUGAUUGUUAUGAAGAGGGUGUCACCAGUACCCGGCAUUCAGUGGAUCAUCCAAUGCAAUGUAUCCUAACACGAUCCGAUAUUGAGUUGUUUUUCGGUGGAGAAAUGCUCAAUUCAGAACAGCCACAAAGUUUCACCUGCCCGUAUUGUAAGAAAAUGGGUUUCAGCGAUUCGACACUGUUGGAACACGUUAGUUCAGAGCAUACAGAGACGAGCUUAGAAGUUGUUUGUCCAGUGUGCGCCGGUUUGCCAGGUGGUGAACCAAAUCUAGUCACAGAUGAUUUUGCUGGUCAUUUGACAUUGGAGCAUAGAACCGGACCACGAGAGCUGUUGUCGUUUUUAGAUGAGCCAUCGGCAAUACGUCACGGUGGUGGGGUACGUCGAAUUCCAGGACGUACAUUAGGCGGACCGCGUUCUCGAAGGUCUAAUAUGCUAGUUAAUUCUUCAAGUGGCCUAUCAGCCCUAUCACCAUCCGGUCGUGAUUCGGUUGAUCCGAUUGCUGAGCUGUUGUCACAAUUGUCCGGCGUCCGUCGUGGUGGUGGCAGUGGUCCACAGUCAUCUCAACUACAACAGCUCCAGAUGCAAAUUCAAUUAGAGCGACAGCAGGUAAUUGCAACUCGACAGCAGUUAGAAAGGUUACCAAGGCGUCAAGCACACCCAAUGGUCUCCUCAUCCAGUUCAAAUGCAACUAUGCAGGAAAUAGGCAAUGGUAGUUCAGGUACUCCAAGCAGCAGCGGUGGUGGCACCGGAACGGGUGGAUGUCGUGCCACUGAAUGGACUGUUAAUAACACGACUACAUCUUCAAUUCAACAGUCCCAGUCAAAUGUGGGUGGCACUAGUGGCAGCGGCAGUUCAACGCUCAAUACCAGAGAAGUACCAUUGAAUACGUCUGUGUUGACAGUUAACGAUUUCGGUUUGUCGUCAUGUCAAUUUCUACAGCCGGCUGUUGGUGGCAGUGGCGCAGGCAACACAGGUAAUACAAACUCAUCCGAUGGUGGUGCCCAAUCUUCGCAAUUUUUGCUUUCCAAAUUUAUGACACCUACUUUGAGUGAGGAUGAAUUAGCACGUUUGGAAAAAGAUCGUGCUGAUCGAUCUCUUUACGUUCAGGCUAUGCUACUAUCCACUCUGGCUAGUUUUAAACAUGAUUCAGAUUGGAACAGCAACAGUAAACACAAAAAUGCCAAAUCGCAGUCAGAGACACCCAAUAGCAGUGACAGCGACGGCACUACAACUGUACAUAGUAAUGCAGCAAUUGCAAACAAUGAAACAACCAGUGAUGAACAAACUGUUAUGAACAACAACACAAUGAACCGUGACCAACAGCAGCAGACUUGUCCCGAGGACUUUGUCGAAGAAUACUCACUCCAGCAUCAGACGUCAUACAAUUCAAACAACGCCGUUUCGAAAAAGAAACCAACGUCGUCUGGCGGCAAAGGUGGCAAUCAAGCCAAUGCCACCGCUUCGGCAAUGGCCCUCGAAAGACGUGGCCGUCCACCACCACCACCCGUAGUGGUGGGUGGAGGUGCAGGUGGUGGCACCCAACCGCAACAGGGGCCCAAUCAGCAAAAGCUAACGCGAGAAAUGAAAACAACAAGCUCUUCAAUGUCUGCUUCAAAUGAAAUUCCAGAUUCUAGGUAGUGCUGCUUUCAUUUAAUAUUAUUAUUAUUAUUAUUGAAACUUCUUAUACUAUUAUUAAAAAGAUAUACAUUUUGAAAAAAAAAACAAGAAAAAUCCGAAAAAAAUACAAAUUAACUAAAUGAUACUAAUAUGUGAAAAAAUUAAAAAAGAAAAAAAAAACAAACUGUUUUUUUUUUUUGUUACCCAGUUUACGACCCACAAGAUGAAGAACAAAUCAAUCCCCCUAGAACUAACGUGAUCCUCACGCCAUUCUCUGAUUUUCCUUUCACAAAACAAAAAAACCUUAGGUAUGCAAAUUUGAAAAUAAAAUGUUCUACUUUGUAAGUUUUAAUAAUUAUUAUAAAUUGUUGAAGGAAAAACUGAUUUCCGUUGUUUGUUUUUUUUUUUUUACUAUUUUUUUUGUUUCUUUCUUACGUUUUUUUGAUCUCUCCCAAGUCAUUUAUCUUUUGUUUUGGAUGGUGUUAUUAUUUCUUUAUAAACACAACAGUAGAAAAUAUAUUUAAACUGGCUUCGCCUGAAAGCGUUCCGUUUUGCCGCACUCCCUCUAUAGUCCCUAACUCGGAAAGUGAAUAAAAAAUGAAAGAUAUUAAAACAAAAAUUAAAAAAAAAAAA